AUGAGUAAUAUUUCUCAUAUUAAUAUCCUUGGCAUUGACUAUGCAUAUAAUGUUAUUACUAUACGCAACUCAUCCGUUCAAUAUAUUAGUGAUGGAGCUUUUCAAGGAUUGCCAAGAUUGUACAUAUUAGAUUUAAGUCAAAAUAAUUUGAAAGAUUUAAAAUUCGUAAAAACUUUGCCAAAAUCUAUAGAAAAAAUAAUUUUGAGUCAAAAUAAUUUAAAGCAAAUAGAUUUAACUUAUUUUCUUAAUCGUAAUAUUCAACAAUUAGAUUUAAGUAAAAAUAAAAUUUCUUCUAUAUUGCCAGCCACAAAUAGAAUUGUUAUAGAUUCUGUUGAUUUAAGUUAUAAUAAACUUACUGAUUUUAAUGAAACUAAAUUGAAUUCUCAUGUUGGAUCAUUAAAUCUUAAUUUUAAUUUGCUAGAAAAUAUUGAAAUUGCAGGUAAUAAAAAUGUUCUCGAAAUAGUGGGAAAUAAUAUUUCAUGUAUAAAUUCAAAUGACGAUUUGACCAUUAGAAACUUUCACUCACAUUUUAUACCAAAAAAUAUAUUACAUAGUUUUGGAUUUAGUGCGAACAAUACAUAUUUAGGAUACUUAAACGAUGAAAGAAAACUAAAUAUUAGAAACGACGAGCCUUUUUCUCUUAAUUUUUCAAAAACAAAUUUGUCAAAUAUUUCUAAAAAUUAUUUCAAAAAUAUGAAUAUUCAUAAACUAAACUUGAGUUAUAAUAAUCUUACUAUUUUAAAUAAACCAUUGUUUUUCAAUUCAACGAUAUGGAAUUUAGAUUUGUCACAUUCUGGUAUAAAAAACAUAACAAAGGACGUUUUUUUUGGAAACAAAAACAAUGAUUUUGUUUUAAAUUUAUCAGAAAAUAUAAUUGAAGAAGUUGUAGAUAUUUGUGAAACAAUUCCAACACUUAGUAGACUUGAUUUGUCUUUAAAUUAUAUUAAAACAAUAAAUUCCAAUUCAUUUAAAGACUGUAAAAAUAUUACCGAUUUGUAUUUAAAUCAAAAUAAUAUAACCCAUAUUGGACCCGAUGAUUUCAAAUACAUGGAGAGUUUAUCAACAUUGAAACUGAAUAAAAAUAAAAUAUCAUUUAUUGCCAGUGAGGCUUUAAAGAAUUUAAAUUCGCUGAUGGAAUUGUAUUUAUCAAAUAAUUUAAUAGAAAACUUGGAAGAAUAUACAUUUUCAAACUUAGAAUUAUUGAUGUUCCUAGAUUUAUCAAACAACAAACUAACACACUUAAAGUCUCAUACUUUUGUAAAUCUAAAUGUAAACUAUUUAAAAUUACAAGGAAACGAUAUAAAAUAUAUUAAAUCAAAAGCAUUUCACAGUUUGAAUAAUUUAGGUGUAUUAAAUCUCUCUAAUAUUGGAUUAACAAGUUUAGAAAAUGAUGUUUUCUAUGAUAUGAAUAACAUAAUAUUUAUAGAUUUAAGUAAGAAUCAUUUAGCUAUACUGGAAAAUAAUACAUUUAGAAAUUUACCAUUUAAACAUUUAGACUUAAGUUACAAUAAAUUAGAAGAGAUAAAAACAACUGCUUUUCAAAAUUUAACCAAAUUACUAAUUUUAAAUAUUUCUAACUCUAUUAUUAAUAAGUUAGAACCGUUGGCUUUUUCAUCUAUUACAAAUUUAAAUUCGAUUGACUUGAGAAACAAUAAUUUAACAGGAAUUCAACCAAACGUUUUUAAAAAUAUAAAUGUACAAAACAUGUACUUAAAUGGACUAUCACAACCAGUUUAUUUAGACAAGACAGUUGUAAUUACAAAUUUAUUUUUACAGUUUAAUGGAGUAUUCGAGAAAACAACGAUCUCAAACAUUAAUUUAAAAAAUAUACAUUUAGUAAAUUCUCAAAUUGACUCCAUGAAAAACAAUUGUCUGCUAGGAAAUUAUGGUUUAACACAAUUACUUAUUACUAAUUCAAAUAUUUCUUCAAUAGAAUCAAAUGCACUCAGAGGUUUAUUUGACAUAUUAAAUUUAGAUGCUUCAAUCAUUUUUAAAAAUAUAGAAAAGUUAGAAGCCAAUAUUUUUGAAGAUUUAAUCAGUUUAAAAAUUCUGAAAAUAUCUGAUACUAAAAUAAAUGAAAUCGAUGUUGAAACAUUUUCUGAACUUUCUAGUUUAGAAGAAUUGUAUUUAGACGGGAAUAACUUGAAUUAUAUAAACGCAAAUACUUUUGCCCCUUUAAAAUGGUCGCUUAUUGUUUUAGAUUUGUCGAGAAACUCUAUUACUUUUUUGGAACCAGAUUUAUUUAAAUUAUUUGUUUUAAAAAAAUUAUUUAUAAACAAGAACUCAUUGACAACUCUCAGUUUUAAAACAUUUCGUUAUACAACAAACUUAGAAGAGUUAAGAUUAGACAGUCAUUCGCUAUCGCGCUUAUCACCUGGAAUAUUUGAGGGGCUGGAAAAUUUAAAAAGUCUCAAUAUUUCUAGUAAUGUUGAUUUAUACCAAUAUCCUUCACUAAUUACCAACUUGGAUUCUUUAAAAAAUGUACGAUCGCUUUAUUUGGAUAACACAAAUAUAAAAGAUAAUUUUAUAUACAGUAACAUACAGAGUUAUUUUCCUUAUUUAAAUGGGAUUACUAUAAAUGACAAUAGAAUUAGUUGUUCUUUUCUGUCUAAUGUGUAG